AUGUGGUCCAACUUCUUUGUACAGCAGAAUGAGGAGGGUCGCAUGGGGGUGGCGGGGGCUGGACAAGGUGGGGGUUUGGUUGGAAUGAAAGGUGGUAGGGCACAGAGGCGAACCCACAAGAUGAGUGACAGCAAGGAGGGGAAGAUCAAGCUGGCCUUCUUCGUGUCCAUCAUUGGUGUGACCCUGACGGUAUUGGGCACGGGGACAGAGUUUUGGGUGGAGCUGGCCCAACCAAAGAAUUUCAGUAGCAACCAGACCUGCCAGAUGGCCCACUAUGGCCUGUGGAAGGGCUGCAUCCGCACCCUAUGGGUGGCUGACAUAGACCCAGAGAGGACAAGCUGUGGCCCUGCUGAACUACCUGGAGAAUCCAACUGCACCUACUUCAAAUUCUUCACCUCUGGGGAGAAUGCAGUCAUAUUCCAGAAGACGACUAACAAGAAUCUGAAUCUAGCAGCAGCUAUCUUGGCCCUUUUGAGUCUGACCAUGAUGGCCAUGGGCUCCAUCUGUAUCGCCAUGUCCCUGAGCCAAGGAGUGCCCUUCUUUCUCAAGCCAGCCUCCUUCUGUUUCAUCCUAUCAGGUGUAUUGAUCCUUCUUUCUAUCCUGAUAUUCCACCAGUCUGUGCUGGCGUUGCUGUCCAGUAACCACUCCAUACCUUUAUACCAUGAGCUGUCCUGGUCAGUGGCCUGUGUGGGCUCAGCGGGUGCGACUCUUAUUUUCGGAGGUUUCCUCUUCACCAUCCUCUCUCUUCCUUUCAGCCCCUGGCAGAAAUGCUUGUCACACAAGAAUAGCGCCUCCUAGCACUUGAAUGGUGAAACAUAUGUAUAGUGUUCUUGAUGUUUUGCUUGAGGGCAAAUGAAGUAUAAAAGCCCAUUUCCUGAGGGCUGCAACUUUGAGCUUGCUCUUGACAUUUAAUUUAUCACAGAGAUCAAAGUAGGUCUUAAUCAAAUGUGAAGAAAAGUCAUUAGCGAGACAGUAGAUGAACUGGUUAGAAAAUAGAUGGCGGGAGUGGCUUGUUAGCUCUUUCUGCUAGCAUAAGUACAGUGAAUAAUUUUUUUAAAAAAAUCCUCAGACUCUUUAAUAUGAAAAGUAAUCUUUGUCAAGAAAAUUAGAUGAAACAUGAAAAGUUAGUAACCAGUCCUUCAAAUUAAAUGGCAAAAUCCGCUGUUUGUCCACACCCCCUAGAGUGAAACAUAGCAGCGUUUUGGGUUAUGUUGACAGGAUGACAUAAUUCGUCUGUGUCUUUCAAAACUGCUACAGAUCACAGUUCAAGAAUAAAUCUGUUUUAUGAUUUCACAAUGCUGUGGUUAAAGUUUGGUUAGUCUUAGGCACAAAAAUGACUUUGUUUACAGAACAAUCGGAUGGUUUCAGGUUAAAAUAAACACCUUGUUAAGGUUAGAGAAACACUGCGGUUCGGGUUAAAAUGAUUACUUUUUUAAGGUUUGGGACCUUCAUCAGCAUGGCUACAAUUAGAUAAUGAUCAUAGUCAUGGUUAAAAAAAACCUGUUGACUGUUGCCUGGAAACGGGGAACAGACAGAGACCUCCGGUGAUAAAGUCCGAUGUGUGGUUGACCACCCAUCCACUCCUUUGUUGCUCUGUAAAAUUGCCGGCCAACUUCCUCCUCUGCUCCCGUCAUAAUUACUACGGCUGCUAGAGGGCCUGGUAACCUGAACGUAAAUAUGUCGGUCAAAAAUUUGACUCAAUAUCUUAUCAUUUUUAUUUACUGAGUAUUUUUAUUUUUGUCAUGCAAAACUUUCCAUCUGUUUUUUUUUCUCUCAGACAGAAAUGGCCCUCCAUAGGUUAAAAUUCCUUAAGCAACAUCAGAAAGUAUCACCAUCAGUGUAGCAACAAAUAGUUUCCUUUCGAUAAUGUUGGCAAUCAGUACGGAGGAUGUCCUGAUUACUUUCAAAGAAGUUGCUUGUCGUAUCUGCUACAUGUUGCCUUAUGAAUAGAGUCAAUGACUGUCGUUAAUAUUCUAUCAGUAGGUCCGACAGAGCUUUGUAACACUUAACAAUUGAUGAACAAGAGGCUUUGGUUGUCAUUUUUAUUACUUGUGUAUUGGGGUUAAUGCUCCAUCAGUAUAUGAAUGUAAGAUGAAUGA